AUGCUCGAAUCAGACCACAGGACGAGUUUGUAUCACUACUGGGGCAGAACAUCACUACGUAUGGCUGGCAUACCGCGCCUGGACGGGAAACAGGCUCUCGAUUUCUUUAACAAGACUGUGCCGAUCUAUAUGCUUAGAGGCGACAAGCAGAAACGGGGACUCUAUUGGCUACUUACGGUUACUCUUCACAACUAUCUAUACAAGAAAUGGUUUCGACCCUAUCGCACAGACAUUGAACGAGGGCAAUUCAUUGCAAAGGUCAUUGACGUUGAGGACCAGCCCGAGUCAAGCGACGAAGCCACCGCUGUUGACGUAGCUAUGACCAUGCGCUCAGCUAUACACUCGCGACUACUCAAUCUCCCCCCGAAACAGUUUUACACCAUACGUUCCUUAUUCAAGGCCCUUAUCGUUGUUAUACCCGCUGAAAGCUAUUAUAUCUGCAGCUCUAUUUGCACAGUUUCCACCAUGACGGUAUUGGUACUUCUCACUGGCGAAAACGAUGGUCUAAGCGGCCCCAUUUCCUUUGACUCGAUUGACGAUAAAGUUGAGAGAGUUUUUAUCAAUGGAAUGCACGGCGUUAGAACAAAACUUGAAGUGGCUGUGGAGUUCAUAAUGUUCUUAGAGCAACGUGAAGACACUGCGUUUGGUCCGCAGCCAGACCCUGUGGCCUCGACAGCCGGUGAUACCACCGUAGAGAGAAUGUUUGGGUCUGAGCCCAUGUACACAUUCGAAAGGCGUCAGGCUGUGGACUUUGGUUGGAGGUAUGGACCCAUUGUCGGACCCAGCUCGAAAUGGGUUUCUAUGACAAGGUAUCCCAAAUGGACUGGCUUCGGGGCUCGCGCAAAUAUGGUGUCUCUAAACCACGAAGCGAGCGCCUGGAUAUCUCACAGCAGCCGUUGUACUUGUUAUACAUCUCAGCAGACUGAAGAGGUAGAGGAAAACCUCAAUACCACCAGUUAG